CCCAUCUGUCCUUCUCUUCUAGGGUUUCUAUUAUCGCUUGCAUCUCUUAAAAUCCUUCUCCUAAUGGAUUUUUGUGCCGCUUUUUCGCAUGAAGGUGAUUUCAUUUUUCUUAAAUAAAUUCUUUUGAUCCACUUUUUAAUUUACAAUAUAUAUGUGUUCGUGGAAAUUUUAAACUAUUACUCGACAUUGGCUGAAAACAAUAUGGGUCAUCAAGGUAGUGUUGUUACGUAACUUCCCCCUUUGUUUUUGUCUGUUUGGUGUUUUGAUGUUAGUUUUCUGAGAUAUGAUUGUUGUUCAAAUUUAAAUGUUGAGCAUUAUGCUUUAUUUGAUUUCAACAAUUCCUUAUCUUUGGAAAAAAUUAUCCACUUCUUUCUAUUGUUGAUUCAAUAUUGGUGAACUAUUUUUCUUAUGAAACUACUUUUUCUAUCUCUUGCAUUAGUUUGGUCCUGUUUGUCAAUUGUAGUUUCAUAGUCACAGAAGUAUACAUUAUUUAUUGGUUACAAUUGCAGAAGUAUAAAUUACUAUUAGAAUUAAUGCAUUUGUCAAGAAUUUCAUUUUUUUAAUAGUGAUUUAUCUUUCAACGACAUCUCACAGAUUCGAAGAAUUAUUACCCUUUUUCCAUUGGGGUUUUUGUUUAAUGUUUUACCCAUCUCUCUUCCUCCUUAAUGUUUAUUGAUUGUGUCUUAUGGUUUAUUGUCUAUAAUAUUCUGCUAGUGAUUAUCCAAUGUAAUGUCUCUAUUGAAUUGACAUGCGCUAAUUGUGAUAUUUCACUCUAAAUAAAGUUGGUGAUAUUGGUUCCUUUGAUGAUUGGUUCCCCCGUUGAUGGUAUUUUUAUAUAUGUGUUUUUCUUUAUUUGUUUUCUAAAUUGUUUGUUCACUGAGUGGAGUGGAGUGGAGUGGAGGUCGUAAAAGAAUUCCUUUUAAUUUCUCUACCGAGGCCAUCCAUAUCUCUUCCAACAGUAGUUAACGUGUUAUGGUUGAAGUCUUGUUUUUACGUAUUUCUGCCUCUUGUUGCCUUCCUAUCAGUUAUCUAGCUGAUGCUCUUAAUUUUUUGCUUCUAGGUUGAAAGAACAUAAAUCGGCGAGGCUUGUGAUUGUGAUUGUGAGGGAACAAGGCAAAUAAAUCAACUAGGAAAAAAAGAUUUGGUGGUAAGAGAUCAUCAUGUAAAUCAUUGGCAUUCUUUUCUGAUUGCAGAUGGUCCCUAUUGCCAAGGAAGAAGGCAAAUAAAUCAACCAACCUUAUUAGAUGAAAAUUUAUUAUCUAUAUAAUCAUCCUAAUCAGGCAGGCAGAGGCAGACACUCCAAAUAUGGCAUCUGCUAAUCCAUUGUUUGAAGAUACGAGAAGUAAAGCAGGGGUGGUUGAUCCUCCUCAUCAAGUUGAAGAAUUGUGUGAUAUUGUUGAAGGCAUGAAUGAUCCAAAUUCACAGCCAAGUAUGAAACCUAAUAUCACUGUUGUUUCUAGCAACUUCCGGGAGUUAUUGGAGUGCCCUGUCUGCCUCAAUGCUAUGUACCCGCCGAUUCAUCAGUGUUGUAAUGGACAUACAUUGUGUUGUACGUGCAAGCCAAAAGUCCACAACCGUUGCCCCACUUGUCGGUAUGAGCUUGGCAACAUAAGAUGUCUUGCUCUAGAAAAGGUUGCAGCGUCUCUCCAACUUGCUUGUAAAUAUCAGAGCUCUGGUUGCCAAGCCAUUUACCCCUACUACAGCAAGUUAAACCAUGAAUCACAGUGCGGUUAUAGGCCGUAUAACUGCCCUUAUGCUGGAUCAGAAUGCACCAUUGUUGGUGAUAUUCCUCACCUCGUAACCCAUUUGAGAGAAGACCACAAAGUGGAUAUGCACAAUGGCAGUAGCUUCAACCAUCGAUACGUCAAGUCCAAUCCACAUGAGGUUGAGAAUGCGACAUGGAUGCUCACGGUUUUCAGCUGCUUCGGUCAGUAUUUUUGCCUGCACUUUGAAGCGUACCAGCUGGCAUCAGCCCCGGUGUACAUAGCCUUUCUGAGAUUUAUGGGAGAUGAUGUUGAGGCAAAGACUUACAACUACAGCCUGGAGGUGGGAGGGAAUGGGAGGAAGAUGAUAUGGCAAGGUGUGCCAAGGAGCAUAAGGGACAGCCACAAGAAGGUUCGAGACAGUUUUGAUGGCCUCAUCAUCCACAGGAGUAUGGCUCUCUUCUUCUCUGGUGGAGACAGGAAGGAAUUGAAACUUAGGGUCACCGGCCGCAUUUGGAAAGAUAAGUAGAGAGGGAUUGUCCCCUCGUCCAAAACUAGAGAAAGAAGGUAGCACUAUUUGCUGCGAGAUUAUAGAAUUGGCAGCAACACAUCUUGUGGCCCUCAUUUUGUCCAAGGGAGCAAGUAUAGGUGAUAGAUAGGGCUGGAUUUUCCUUGCUCUUCAUUUGAUUCAUGUCUAUCCCUACUAAUUAAAAGCAUACAGCUUCG